GCGGUGGGAACGAGGCAGUGAUUCUGCUGGAGAUGGUCGAUGUUCCAGGACCUCCGCUCCUAUCUCUGCUGCUGCUGUUGAGUGUGUCGGCUCUGCCUGUCGGCACAUACCCUCUGACCCCCGGCAGACUGCCCCACGCCCAGCACAAAGUCCUGCAACUAGACUGGCCUAAGGACUGUGGCAUGGCACACUACAAACCCAACAUGGCUGAACGGAUCGUCUCUGGCAACGAGGCCAGACCUCACUCCUGGCCAUGGCAGGUCUCCCUACAGGUUCGUCCCAGAGGCAGUAAGCACUACAUCCACGUCUGUGGCGGAACACUCAUCCACAAGAACUGGGUCCUCACCGCUGCCCACUGCUUCCAGAAGGGUAAAGCCGAGGAUGCUGGGAGUUGGAGGAUCGUCCUGGGGAAGCAUCGGCUGAAACGUUCUGAGACGCCCGAGAGGACUAUCCCGGUGAAGAGAAUCUACCGUCACGAGCACUUCCGUUACCCCACGCACAGCGAGCUGGACUAUGACAUCGCCCUGGUCAAGGCUGCCACCGACAUCGUGCCCAACAACCACAUACGCUACGCAUGCCUGCCGCGCAAACAGAUCAACCUGAAGCCUGGACAAUACUGUUGGGUGACUGGUUGGGGAGACACUCGGGGUGGGAAGGAGAACGUGUCUCUGGCUGAGGCUCUGAACCAGGCCCGUCUGCCCAUCAUCGACUUCAAGACCUGCCGCCAGAAGAAGUUCUGGGGAGACCGCGUCAGGGACUCCAUGAUCUGUGCCGGCUUCAGAGACACAGAAGGACCACCUGCUGCCUGCCAGGGUGACUCAGGGGGUCCUCUUCUGUGCCAGCUGGGGCGUGACAGGUGGGAGGUGCACGGUGUGGUGAGCUUCGGCCCCAUUGGCUGCACCGUGGAGAACAAGCCCAGCGUGUUCACCCGCACCGCCAACUAUAUCCCCUGGAUCGAGGCUACCCGCAUCAGAGACUUCUUCCUGCACUAGACCACACAUAACCUUACAACCCCUCUGCACCCAUCAAACUUUAGCAUUGUUUUUUGGGGAGAGAUACCGUAUUGCAAUUUGUUUUGUUUUCACACUCAUGUCAAUGAUUCAGUGUUGUUCCAUGUCCAUAACCUAUCAAUUUUGUCUUGAGCAUUCUGUCCUGCUAAAUGUAACAUUCAGAAUCAUGUCAUCCCAUUGUAAAUGGUGCAUAUUUGCAAUUUGUAUGGCACUUAUGACACCUUGACCACCACCCUGUCCCCAACCACUGCUCCACUUCCUGGUUGUACUCUUUCCUGACUACAUUUCCCACCAUGCACCCAAUAAAAUUAGCAGAAAAAGCA